AUGGUAACUGAGACGGCUGACAACACCAAAGAGAAGGCCUUGAGCGACUACAGGCGAAAACUGAUUGAGCACAGAGAACUUGAAGCCAGGCUUAAAGAAGGUAUGUUGUACUCUCAUAUCCACUAUUUUCCAGCACGUGAGAAGUCAAAGGCUGUGACUAAAGAAUAUGAUAAGGCUGAGAACGACCUCAAGGCCCUUCAGAGUGUUGGUCAAGUUGUUGGUGAUGUCUUAAAACAGCUAACGGAGGACCAUUGUGAGUAGUACUGCAUUUCAUGUCUGUUCUCAAUCAUCUAUUGAAUGUCGUCCAUUCCGUUGUUAACAGCGGGAAUUAUUCAAUCGGUGUAUCUCCAUCCACGCGUUUUUAUUGUCAUCGAAAGGUCGUCUGUGUAUGUCUGUGUCGCAUUUUAUUUGCGUGAUUGUCGACUUCUUUUAUUGCCUAUAUCCACGUUUUCCUACUUGCGCGCCCACACUCGAUAUUUAUCUCCCGACCCAACUUAAUUUGCUGCGCUUCGGUCGUAAUUACGACCGAAGCCCAGCACAUACACUUAAGUGUAUAUGAGCUUAGUGUGGACUGUAAAUUAAAUACGCACUACGCACUUCCCAGUUAGCCGGAGUGCCGAUUCGUAGGCCUCUUGUAUGCUGGUCACAUAGUAGUCAACACGUUGUCUUACUUUUCUGUUUUUACUGCGGGGCUUAGGGAUUCAUGCACUUUUUAUGGUCUGAUGUCUUAUCGGACCACGCGCCUGCCCAUCAUGGCCGUCAAGGUGGGAGUGAAUAUGCGAGUCCCAAGUUCUUGUUGCAAAGAAAAUGAACGCGAGAUCACUGGAACAGCACGUGUAUUAGUCUGAGCUUCGGACUUGUACGGGAAGCCAUCGUCAGAGACUGAGAAUUCGGCGUCAAAUGAGUAGUUUUGUAGUCAAACCAAGAGGGGGGAUUGGAGUGCAGGAGGUGGUUUUCGCGAUAACUCUGAGUCCACGCCGUCUCACGGCGGCGUGACUGCAUGCAUUCUUGGCUGGGAAUUGUAUCUCACCCCUUGGCCGCGGUUACGGAGCGCGUGAUAGCAGGGGGGUAUAUCAAUGUGUCUGUUGAUGGAGUUGGUAUCAAACACCCAGUCCUCCAGCAGUUCUCGCCCUGUCUUGUUGCUGGCCCGCGCCAUUAUCCGCGUGCUCGCGAAGUUGAUUUCAUGGCCUUCCUCCAGAGUGUGAGUAGCGACCUCAGACAGUGGGUUGCAUCUCCGGACUGCCCAUUUAUGCUCCCUUAUUUGCGAGCUAAGCCGUCGUCCGAUCUGUCCUGUGUAAUGGCGAGGGCAGCCCCGGCAUGGGAUCUGGUAAGCAACACCCGAUUGUUCUACGUCAAGGCGGUCCCUCAUUUGCGUGAUUUUGUUGCGCUUAGUUGCUGUCGGCCGAUGAGCGACACCCACACCGAGCUCUCCAGCGAUACGUUCCGUCGCUUCGGACACAUUCUUUAUAUAUGGUGGAAGGUGCCAGAGUAUUGACGGCUCUCUGUUCGCCGUGGGUACGUGCGGAGGCAGCGACCGACGAAGCUGUUUGGGUAUUUAUUCCUUGCCAAUUGGUCCCAAAGAUGCCGUAGUUCCCUACUGGUCCCUCUGGUCCACUGCAAUGCAUUUUUACCCUUUGGAAGAGUGCCCUAACACAGCUGCGUUUAUGCGCCAUUGGGUGGUUACUAUGGUAGUUGGGAAUUGCAGUCGUGUUAGUCUCUUUUCUAUACACCAUGGGGCUGAGUUCGUCAUGGGGUGUGCCUGUGACGAGAACGUCAACGAAAGGCAGCUGUUCGUCAUGCUCUUCUUUCCUUGUGAACUGAACCCAUCGGCGUUCCGUUGAUCUGCUCGUAUGUUCUGCCAUUAAAGGUGAAACAGAUUUGUUGACGGAAAGCAAAGAGUUCGAGUAAGUGGUUGACUUUUAGAUGUCUGUUAGUUUCUUCGUAGUUUUCUUCGAGUCGUUUGCGUAGAACGUCGCGUGCUAUGUCCGGCGGGAUAGAUGUUUGACUACAAAACUGCGUAUUUGACGCCGCGUUCUCGCAGUCCCUGACGAUGGUCUCCUGUAUGAGACCGAAAGCUCAGACUAAUACGCCUACUGUCCCAGUGAUCGCGCGUUCAUGUUUUUUGACCGUGAAGGUAUUUACUUUUCGACUGGCAGUGUUUUUAAAUACCGAUUUCCAUAGAGUUGGCCGUUUUUUUUCAAGAUUACAAAACGUGCCAUCCGCUAAAUUGAGGGAGACUGAUGAGACGCUUGUAAAAACUCUUCUGGGCAGCAGUCUGGUCCCCAGGUACUUGAACUAUCUAGCCCAUCAGACGGAAGACCGCUGACAACAAGUGGUGAUCAGCGAUGUAACGAAACGGUACUUUUAGUUGUGCCUGCAGCCAAAUCGACUUAACCAGCAAUCUCCCGCACCAAAGAUACUGCACUUCAUAAGUUAUCGUGGCUUGACGCGCAACAUCCACACCACUUAAGGUAUUUCCAGAAACCCAGUCAAUUACGUAGUUGAGUAGGAUGGCUCCUAGAGUGGAUCAUUAUCAGUCUAACCAAACUUCGGGCAAUUGCGAGAAGUUUUUGCGAACAAGAUCUCCGACAGUGGUGUGACACUAGUUGGCCUUUGUCACUGAUAACUCGCCUGCGCACCGCAGAUAUCUGCAACGAGCCAAGUCAAAGUUUUCAGCGUUAGCAACUGAGUAAACGGUUGUCAACUGCUGAUAACUGACAGAAUGUGCCGUACUUUGGUUUGGCCACAUCUCUGUACUGCACAUACUUGGAUACCACCCGUGAAUGACAGUAUCGCUUGGGAAGAGGAAUGCCGGGGUAGUAAUUUUUACUUAGUCUUAGCUAUCUUGGCGAAAGCGUAAGCGAGGGUGGUUAAACUUCAGUCAUUGAGUGCGGCAUCAUUUCAUGCCUAUUGGACGACCUCGUGUAGCUAAGAUUCCAGAAUGUCAAAACCAAACGUAGAUGUCGGCAGUGGUGUCAUAUUCGGGCGCCUUAUCGCUGUGCAUCGUUAGUGAUUUAAUCCAUGACGCUGCACAUCCGGGAUGGGAACUAAACACGGGGACGAAUUUUGCGUUUCUUCCAAGCUCCAGACUUUGGACAACCCUCACGUUCCAUUACAUACCUGUCACGUGGUUCUUAUAUCCACAUUUCUGUCCGGUGGCAAAGGCAGGAUGGGUUAAUUGUAUAUACCUAUGGGAUACCUUAGUGCCUUAAGCGUCUAUCAGUAAUUUCAGGUCCGCAGGUCAAAAUCAAGCCUUUUGCGCCAGCAAAAUUGCCUUCUUUUUGACUCAGUCAGUCCAUUCUCGUUGCAGGAUCAGGAAGUGUCUCUGCUUCUUUCGUUUAUUCGCAGUUUCGAUCAUGAUUUUGGUAUGCUGGUCGGGAGUUGGUCGUGUUGGUUGAAGGUCUCCUGUCGCCCUAAAUCUCCGCCUUUGUGCUCUCUUGCUUAGGACUAUGAAAGUGUUAAUCGAGACUCGCAAGCCUAUACUAAUCUACGAAAAUUUUAAUUAUCAGCAUUUCCCCUUUUCAGUUAUUGUCAAAGCUAGUAAUGGUCCGCGGUACGUCGUUGGGUGCCGAAGAAAUUUGCAGAAGUCCAAGCUUAAAGCAGGUACUCGUGUCGCUCUGGAUAUGACGACUCUGACCAUCAUGCGUCAGCUUCCACGCGAAGUUGAUCCUCUAGUCUAUAAUAUGUCCGUGGAGGAUCCUGGUGUCGUUUCCUACGCGUCCGUUGGCGGUUUGGCUGAGCAAAUCCGGGAGUUGCGGGAGGUUAUUGAGUUACCUCUUAUGAACCCAGAAUUGUUCCAACGUGUCGGAAUCACUCCCCCCAAAGGUUGCCUUUUGUAUGGGCCUCCGGGUACCGGCAAGACUCUGCUAGCCAGGGCAGUUGCAUCACAGUUAGAUGCUAACUUCCUCAAAGUUGUAUCAAGUGGCAUUGUUGACAAGUACAUUGGCGAGUCAGCCAGGCUGAUUCGUGAGAUGUUCAGUUACGCCCGCGACCAUCAACCCUGCAUAAUCUUCAUGGAUGAAAUCGAUGCUAUCGGUGGACGACGUUUCACCGAGGGCACCAGCGCAGAUCGGGAGAUUCAGAGGACUCUUAUGGAGCUUCUCAACCAGAUGGACGGUUUCGAUGCCUUGGGUCAGGUAUGCUCAUUUGUAUUUAGCGUACUCGAUAGUUUCCCACUAAGUCCACUAUCGUAUCCCCUUGAUGACGUACGUUUUUCAUUUUGUACAUUAUGAUUAGGUAAAAAUGAUAAUGGCUACCAACAGACCGGAUACCCUGGACCCCGCUCUCCUUCGUCCGGGUCGCCUGGACAGAAAAAUAGGUAAUCCUUCUGUUAAGCAGACCGCAUUUCAGCUCUCGGUUAUUUCUCACUUGUCGAUUUCCCAUGACAAUCCUUGCUGUACACUGCAUUACGUUAGCUUUCCUUCUCCCUCUGCUUCUUACCGUGCGGUGAACGCGAAUUUUCGCCCUAGGUGCACCCGAUUCAAAUAGCUGCAUAAGUUAUAUUUCGCGGCUCUCGAAAUGGCACCGUCCCCCCAGUACAGCUGUUCUUUCUCAUUGUUGCAUUGGCGCUGCACUUUGGAAGGAUUAAGAGGCCUAGGUUUCUAAAUACCCUAUUGUGUCGCGGACCCUCUGUCUUUUCCCCAAAAUGCGAUCCCACUAAACUGUAGCAUGUAAUCUUCGACAUAAUGGAGUAUGCAGCUCGCUUCUCCUAGGCCGUUUCCGUUUAGUAUUCUUCACUUUAAGAUGAAGUGUCACUCACGCCGUCUUUAUCAGUGGGGCCGUGCGAUGCAGCUGUUUUUGAGCUCAGCCAAACGUCUUAGAAUUAACGUUUUGAUUCGUUCAGUCAUGAUUCGGAAAGAAAGCUGUGUUAGUGAAUGUCGUAGUUACCUUGUAGAAUCCGUCCCUCUGUCGACUUAUUAACAGCCUAAGAUCUUUCCGCCCGGACUGGGUGCCUUUUAGAGGCAAGGACUUAAAGGAGGUGGUUGGAUUAAUUUUUCCUAGUACUAUACUUUUUGGAUUUCUCCGAAUUUCGCACUUUCUGCGUGCUACAGGAUUUCUUCAGAAAAGAACUGCAUAAUCCCGUCAUCGUCGAAGACUCGCCUUUGCCAAAUUCUAGUCUCCCUUACCUUUAUCUAGACACUAUCCUGCUUCCAGCCCAUCAUAAUCAGUGAUACGAUUUUGCAAACCGUGUUUUAAUCCCGGCGAUCAAAUGUAUUUCGUUACCUAACCAGGGUCCUUAACUAUACUUUGACCUGCAUUUUUGCAGAGAUACCCCUUCCAAACGAACUGGCACGAAUGGACAUCAUGAAGAUACACGCCGCUCCAAUUGCCAAACAUGGAGAUAUUGGUAACGAUUCAAUUUAUUCAAAGCUAUGUCAACUAACUGAAAAUAUUGCCCUGUCUGACACAAAAAAUGCUCGCUCGUGUUUUGCUGGCAUACUGACGCAGGGUUUUGAGGAUGAGGACGAGUUUAGGGGCAUAUCAAGUUUACAGGGAAUUUUUUAUAAUGAUGACCUUACAUAUGUAUCCGCUUCAUAAGUGUUGAGCUGCUCAGCCGUACGGUUUGCUUCUAGUGGGGCUAGCCUUAUAGCGACCUUUUCCGACCAGUUUGGACUACAAAUUUUUGCAUGUCUGAGUUUGCCCCUUAUAAUUCUAUCCUCACUGCCUUUAGCUUGUCUAAUUAUAUAUCACAAGCCCUCCCAAAAAAUAAGAGGCGGCCACCACUUAGAUGAUUUUAACAAAUAGCUGGUAGGAUCAGCACCCUGCUAUCCGGUUUUUAUAUCAUCCCAUAUGUUCUACAGGACUAGCAUACUGUUCCCUUUUCAUGCUUCUUAUCACUUAUUUCAGACUGGGAAGCGAUAAUUAAACUCUCAGAUGGCUUUAAUGGAGCUGAUCUUCGGAACGUCUGCACAGAAGCAGGUGUGUUUCUCCUACAUUUAUGUGAAUAUGAGCUCAGCACUCCACCUUCAUCCAAAUGACUAGAUGGGUGACCAGAAAGUAGGUUGUUUGAUAAACUGGUGAACUCGGCUAUCCUUGUUCACGUAAGUUGACUGGUCUAAUUAAUCGUUUGUUGAAGGGAAGCCGCACAAUUCCAGGGAAACGAUCAACAGGACACUCUGAUUAACACUUGUAUGUAAUAUAGUGACAGAGUUUUAUGAUGUAACAAACUUAACAGGACGUCUAAUAUAAGUGUAUGGAUAGGGAGAACCGAGAACUAUCAAUAAUGAACGAAUAGGAAUAAACCAAGUAGCUUGUUUGUCAAGGGCCUCCAGAUCAGGUAAAGACGUAUUUUUGUACUCCUCAUCUGCUGAGUGGCCUUGCGCACACGAAAGUAGUUGUCGUCCCCGGGACUUUACGUCGAGUUCGGUGUCCCAAAUAGGCGUGAUUAUUUCUAAAAAGGCGACAAUCUCUUUGUUUACCUCUCGAACACUCUCAGAUCUUGGCGCUCAUUUCUGUGUUCUAGACCCUUGUUUUCUACAAGGAACCCUAACUGUUGGGCAUUAUUCAGCUCUCUACGUGACAUCCUAGACCUCUAUGCUGAGGCCUAUUUCGUAAGCGUGUAGGGACCGACGCACAUGUCACACGCGCCACUAAACCCCCGCCCAUGUGCAGUCGUUUUGGCCUUGUCGUACCGUUAAACACAUGUGGGAACCGAGUGAGUUCGGAGCUUCAAAAGUCUGUUUCACGGUAAACAAAGUCGCGCCGAUGGAACAAAAACGGUUGUCGAUAGCAGUUGCGGUAGACGAACUACUGAUUCCUCAGUAAAAAAAGCCACAGUUGACUCAGCCAUCCCUCCCUGAGCAGUGGCUUGCAUUUGAAGAGCCAAUAUUCAUGCACGCACACGUAUAGUAGCCGGCCCGUCCAACGAAGUGUUAGCCGACUUUCUGGAAUGCGUCUCCGAUCAGAAAGUUUUACUUAGAUUGGGUUUUUAAUAUUGAUUGUUGGGCAGCAUAAUCCCAAGAUAUUUCAGUCGCAUCAGGAUGCUGCCUUUCAACGAGCUCCUUUCCGACUACCUGCAAAAAGACACUCAUUACGAAGUGGCUACUUUAUUUAUAUGACUUUUUCCCGUUGACUUUUGGUGGCCAAACAAAUUCAUGUGUACUUUGUAGAUAACAGGCACAAAAUAUUCCUUCUUGUACUCAUUUGACAGCAUAUUGUGUCUUCUCCAAAUUUAAUACUCCAAGAAAGGGUACCUUCCGGUUUUAAGAAAGUUUCCAGUUAUGAGAUUUUUUAAGACCGUGAAAUGUCCGUUCAUAUAGCGUCGUGCCUGUCCGUUUAUUAGUGCUGCUUGUGAAAUAUACCACAUGGUCCAUACCCAUUGCAGAAUUAUUUGAGCCCUAUGUAACAUCUCCCUAGUAGCCGAUAAGAGUUUAUGAUUUUAAUUAUGCAAAGUCUGCCGCAUGCAGUUUGGAAAGCCCAAACGCAAGUGCAACUGCAGAUCGAGCACAAAAUAACUCGGAAAUUCGAUGUUUUUUCUCAGAAUCCAAAGGUGCUUUUUCUUCAAAUAUUAAAUCUGAAGUAGAUGUUAUUUGCUACCGAACGAGCCAAAGAAAGACCACUUUUUUGCAUUUUCAAUGGCACCAAAAGUGGGCGGAAAAAUCGCACCACUUAAGUGACCAUUUUUACUGCGUGAUUUUUGCAGGCGACCGGAAAGGAGCCCAUUAGAAAGUCGGCAUCUUUACGUGACUGGAAUAUCUUGAGAUCAUGUUGGACAAUAAUCAGUAUUACAACCCCCUUUAGGUAACCUUUUGCAAUCAAAAACACAUUUCGGAAUUUUGAUUAACAUCCUCAUGAGAUCGGCCACCCCCUGUAUGUGCAGUGGAUUCCAAAAUCAGUUAGAUACCAGCUGAUGCGACCAAGAUGUUGGCUGGCAUCUGACGUAAUCCGGUGUUAACCCAUACUAGGUAAGUUGGUAGGUCCUGACUAGGAAUCCUUCGAGUCACAUUAAGAAAAGUGGUGCUGAAGUAAUGUGUUUACGCCGUUGCUUUCAUGCAUAUUCUACUACUUUUCAUGCUCAUUUUGGGAAAUUGUAUCUCACGGGAACUUAAUGUCUAGGGGAAAAGAAUAUUUUGGUUUUGGAAAUUCUUUCAUUUGCCAGUUUUGGAGACGUCCACGUGAGGACUCGUGGGAUCCAAUAUCCACAGGUCUAUCAUUGGCGCUGGUUGCGGGGUGUGUGACAUGAUACCAGUCCGUUUUAAUAUUUCAUGAGUCGACACGUCCUUUUAAUAAGUUGAGGAGGAAUAGGGACUGUUUCACAGAAGAUUGACGUCAUGUCUUCCAGAGGCCCUAGGAAUAGGUGAAGUGAUUGCUCCAAAACAUACGAGUUUCCAGAGCUUUUGAAUACGAGACAAUUAACGCCUUCCAACACUUAAGUUCAAAACGUAGCGGUGUACGAAAUAUGAUAAUAAAAUCAAGUUUUCCGAUGUCCUUCCACACGACAAAAUUACCCCGUGCAAACGUAAAGGCCAACUGAAAGAUUAUGCGCGUUAUGCAUAGUCGUGAGGGUUCUUAGGCGAAUGCCAGUUGCGCAUUGCAUAUGAGCUAGUCUGUACUUAUUUUCUCCAGCAACUAUUGUUGUAGCUUCUUCCGAGUGGUCGUUUUUAUUCAACUACAUCAAUCAAUAUUCAAAGGGUCACGAGCGUCCGCUGCGUGUUUAUUCCUUCGCAUACCUUGGUACCUCAGGCGCAGUUAUAGAAUAUCCUAUUUUUUCUCCAUAGGUAUGUGCGCCAUACGUGCCGAGCGGGACUACACCAUCGAAGAAGAUUUUAUGAAAGCUGUCCGCAAGUUGGCGGAUACGAAGAAGCUGGAAACCAAGCUUGACUACAAGCCGUUGUGA